GGACCCAAGGGAUCAUGAAGCGCCAGUUGAACUCCAGACGUCAUUUGUGGUGCAUCACUGAAGAGCUGUCGGGUCGAGGAAGAAGAGGCACAUCUCUGGAAGAAGUAUGGCUCCAGUGGUGUUGGAUCUCAAAGAAUUCGCACAGCCUCCCUUCAAGAUCCCGAAGUUGAAACGGAAGACCGCAAAGUGCGAGUGGACGGAGGACGAUUUUCGGCCAGACUUCUCGUAUUUUCUGACGCCGGAAGAGCUGCAGGACGAGGAGCUGAGGCGGUCGCCCGAUCUGCUGGAGCUCUACGACGACCUUCCGAAGCCGUCGCUGACCGCCACGAGGGAGACGGUGCCGCUGAAAACGCUGCGCGUCAGCCUCGUCAAGCUGGAGAGCGGACGUGACGCCAGGAAGCAGCCUACGCUCCUUAGAGGUGGAAACAUCGCUGGCGCGGCAAAAGCAAAGCCGAGGGCACCUACCACCAAGCGGGCAGUGAUCCCGAAGCUCCCCGAGAAGCCGCUGACGGAUCCCAAGAAGGUGGCCGCACUGCGACGGACUCUGCUGCUGCCCAAGACCAAGCAGAGGACGGUGCGGUGCCUGCCCCGGUUCCCGUACUGGCGGCACUGGUCAGAGAUCGCGUGAUUUACUGGGCAUCACUGUGAUUUGCCGGCCAGCCAUGCACACGUUGCGCCCGCGCCAGACGUGCUGGCAGGAUUUACCCUUGAUUGUAAAUAGUUUACGAUGUGUAAUAAACAUGUUAUG